UAUUACAUUGACCCACGUACAGUACGUCCACAAGAUUGGUGUCAUUAAACUUAAAGAAGACAAACGGUCAGAAUUGUACGUUGGUUUCUCAUCUAUGUAUUAUCCUUAACUCGCAUUUCUCAGUUUUCCAUGUAUAGACCCUAGUCUAGAAGUAGAAUAAGGGUUAACAAGAACAGAAGUCUUUGAAGACGGCUUUAUUUUUGGAAAGGACCUUCACAAAUCUUCGAACACAACACUCGCCAACACUCAACAGGCAACUUAACGUGUGAAGUUACUUCUGGAGGCUAUCAAACCAAUAAUAUAUCAGCGACUAGCUAGUAAGAAGAGAGGAAAGAACAUGGCAACACUUAAUCCAGCAAGAACUCUGAACAAUUCAGGAGGAAGAUGUCUCAUGGAGAACUGGGUUGAAGAGAGGCAAGUUUUCCAGACAGGUCUGGACAGUGCAGGAGUGAAUUCUACUGAAAGUUACACAUCCAACAGCUCUCUCCCAUACAAGGAUGGACACAAGGGCAUCCUCACACGAGAAUUAGACACUGCCGUGGAGAAAGAAUCAAACAGCAUGGGAUCGUAUCAGAGACCUGCUCAGUGUGGGGUUCGAACAGUCGGCCGUAAGAAGGAGUUGAUGGAGAGAGCCCUUUAUGCCAAGGUUAGCCAAGAGCUUCAGGAAGAGAUUAAUGAGCCAUCACCUGUUGAGGAAUACAAAUCAGUAACUCAGAAAGACUUCUACGAUGAUGAGUUUGAGUCCGAGUUACCAGCCCCUCUGUAUGAGCAUAACGUCAACACCGAGCAACCUAUCACAUUCUGGAGUCAUCAUAAAGAAAAGAUUCCCGGCGUUUCUCAAAUCAAGACAUUAGAUACACCGUUCAAGAAGAACUCAGCAUUCAGCAAGCCUAUCGCAGAGGGCACUGAUCAGCCACAGCCUUAUGAACAAGAGACACACCCCUUCUUAUAACCCCUUGAAUGAUGGGAUAAUUGCUUUUCAUCAGCGAGCUUGUAACUCUGCUCAUAAUUCCGCUCGCUAACCAAGGUCUUCAACAAGAACAUGCAUUUUUCUGUUUUUACUGGAUGCAUCCAUAACUGGUUUAGCCACAUAUGAGGACGGAAGCAGUGUA